CACCCCCAAUCCAAAACCCUCUCUCUGCGCAAAACCCUGAUUCAAAACCCUAACACACACACAGAGAUCUAAGAGAGAGAGAGAGACCCAAAUUCACAAAAUUCAAUCCCCAAACACCCUAACAAUGUCAUCCGGAAUUAUCCGAUCACGCAUCGUCUCUUUCGUAUCCAAGCGCCAUCGACGCCUGUUGAGCUCCGACGCCGUAUCGGGCGCUCCCAAAGAGCCACUAGCGCCGUCAUUUGCUACAUCUACUGCUAGUGCUAGUGCUAGCGCUUCUUCGAAUACUACUACGAAUGGUACAGCUGCUAGUAAUGCUUCUCCGAGUGCUUCUGAAGCGAACGCUACGAGCAGCAACAAGGGUUUGAGGUUUCUCAAGUACGGUAUAAUCGGAGGCGUCACCGCAGCCACUGCUUACGCCGGAUACGCCUCCUACGCGUACACUUCUGAGGAAAUCGAGGAGAAGACGAGAGCGUUACGAUCAUCUGCAAAUUUCACUGUGCCAGAAGAUGCGCCUGCUGUUGAGAAAAUUCAAGCGUUGCUCUACUCUGCUUCAAUGACAGGUAGGGGUCCCCGAACUAUGUUUCAGUCUGUCACAUUUCAGAUAAUUACUUAUGCCUGUUGUGUUGUAUUUAUGUGUUCCACUAUCUGAAGUUUAUGUUCUUAUCCCAUAUAAGUUGGCUGUCAUUGGAUGGUUUAUUCCUGAGAGCAUACUGCCGAGAGUUGUUUAUAUUUUUCUAAUUAUGAUCUUGAAGUACAAUUCCAUUAGUCCUCUUUGAGUCUCUUUUACUAGCAACAUAGAUUCAUAUUUUUAUUCAAAGUCUAAGAGUAAUAAUUUUAGGAGUAGAACCCAAAGGGGUUGGCCCAAGUGGUGGAGGCCUUGGUCUUAAGGUUUGCUCUCUUUAAGGUCCAAGGUUCAACACCUCAUGGGUGCAAACAAUUUCUUGGGACCACACCCCCUGGUGAAA